AUGGGAACAUUUGCAAAAGACAAGAAUGAGCUGCUUGCUCAACAAUUCCAAAUAAACUAUGAUGAUGAACCGGCUAUGUUCCGCAAAGGAUGUAGUGUUUACCGAGAGAAGGUAGAAACAGCUGUGAAGAUUGAUGACUAUGGGGAACCCAUAAAAAGACCAAGAUUGCAAGUUACAGCUGCGCAUGUUGAUAUCAUAGGGCCUGAGUUUUGGGAAAACCAUCAACACAUUCUUCGAGAAGGAAAAAAUUUGCGUUGGUUUGUAAAGAAAUCUGGCAUCAAACACAUCUUUUGUCCUUGUAAUCGGAUUGUUGUUCGCAUCAAUGCUUGCCAAUUUGAUCAGUGA